AUGGAUUCAUUGUGGCUCAAGCAGUUUUCAGUCCUCUUGUGGAAAAAUUCCCUUUUAAAGAGACGGAAGGUGUUUGGCUUAGUUGUAGAAAUCCUUAUGAUAUUUCUGUUGUUUGCAUGGACUUUGGCUAUCCGCAGAAUUUCAAGGACAUUUGCUCAUCGUGCUACCAUUUUUAAUUCUCAUCCCUUGACAUUACCUGGUUUCCUUUUAAAUAAAAAGUUUGCAUAUGAAUUGGCUUAUGUGCCUUCUGAAAGUGAUGUGGCAAGAAAUAUUACUGAGGUGGUGAAAAAGGAUUUAAGAUACGAUUUUAAAGUUCGAGGCUUUUCUUCGGAAGAAUCUUUUGAAAAGUACAUUAAGUAUGAAAACAAGUCUGCGCUUGUGCUGGCUGCAAUUGUGUUUGAUCACAGUGUCAAAGCCAGCACUGACCACUUGCCACUUCAGGUAAAAUACAGUUUGCGCUUUAGUCAGCUCUAUGAUCCUUCUGAUUUCUUUGCACCAGCUAAGAACCAGGAAGGACGGGACUGGAACACGUCUGUUCUUUUUCCACCAGUGCCUCCUCUAGGACCCAGGAACUUUUUGGAAGAAGAUGGGGGACUUUCUGGGUACAUCAGAGAAGGAUUCCUUAUUGUGCAGCAUUCUGUAGAUAAGGCCAUCAUGGUGUAUCACAGUGGCAGAGCUGCAGAAAACAUGUUUGCUAAUGCCAGCUUUUAUGCUAAGAGAUUUCCAUUCCCUGAAUUUAUUCAUGACAGUUUUCUGUAGUCGUUCAUGCCUAUGUUUCCUUGGACAAUUUUAUUUACAUUUACUCACAUGCAACUUGACAUCGUUGGGACCAUUAUGUUGGAAAAGGAAAAGAGAUUAAAGGAAUACCAGCUCAUAGUGGGACUCAGCAACGCUAUGCUCUGGAUUUCCUAUUUCAUCACCUUCUUAGUGAUGUAUUUCAUUAUCAUCUGCUUGCUGUGUGCAGUUUUCUUUCUUAAGAUUACACACGAGCGAGUCUUCCAGCACAGUGACCCGACAUUCCUUGUCUUCUACUUCCUGUGCUUCGCCGUCUCCUCAAUGUUACUCGGUUUCAUGGUUAGCUCGUUCUUCGAUAAAGCUUCCUUGGCCUCUUCCAUCACAGGUUUUCUCCAUUUUCUCACUUUCUUUCCAUAUUUAAUGAUAGUUCAAAGGUAUGAUCAGAUAAGCUUCCCCGUGAAGCUGGCAUCCUGUCUCAUUACAAAUACCGAAUUAGCUUUUGGGGCCGACCUGAUAUGCAGGAUGGAAAUGAAGGGGGAUGGUGCUCAAUGGGAUAACUUCUCUUCAAAAAUAAGUGCAGAUGAUGACUUAACUUUGGCCCACAUAGUGGGAAUGUUUUUAUUUAGUGCUUUCCUGUAUGGUCUUGUGGUCUGGUAUGUAGAUAAUGUCUUUCCAGGGAAGUAUGGUGUGCCUAAACCAUGGAAUUUUUUCUUGCAGAAAUCCUACUGGCUUGGGAAAACAACCUUAAACAAUGAAGAGCACCAUCUCUCUGAUUUGGCCCCAAAUAAUUAUAUUGAGGCUGAGCCUGUUGGUUUAGUGGCUGGUAUCAGGAUUCAACAUUUAUACAAGAAAUUUUCCUUAAAAAAUAGUGUCAUGAUAACAGUAAAAGACUUGUCUUUGAAUUUAUAUGAGGGACAGAUCACUGUUCUCCUAGGACCGAAUGGAGCACGAAAAACCACCACCUUAUCAGUUCUCACAGGUUUGUAUCUUCCUACCAGUGGAAAGGUGUUUGUUAGUGGAUAUGACAUUUCAUCUGACAUGGUUCAAGUUAGGAAAAGCUUGGGCCUCUGUCCCCAGGAUGACCUAUUGUUUCCGAUGUUGACAGCAUGGGAACAUCUUUAUUUCUACUGUGUGGUAAGCUAAAUCCCAUUAAAUGCUUUUACUAGAGAUAGUAAUACCCUCUUGACACAAUUUAUUUUGCUGGAAAAGUGUGAUGCAUUUUCAAAGUCGCUGAGUGGAGGCAUGAAACACAAACUCGCCAUCAUCAUAGCACUUUUAGGGGUUUGCAAGGUGGUGAUACUUGAUGAGCCCACAUCCAGCAUGGGCACAGUCUCAAGAAGAGCCACCUGGGACCUCCUUCAAGACUACAAACAGAAUCACACCAUCCUGUUGACCCACUACAUGGACGAGGCUGAUGUCCUGGGUGACCGCAUCACCAUCAUGGUCCAGGGCUCUUUGUGGUGCUAUGGCUCUUCAGUCUUCCUGAAAAGACUAUAUGGUGUGGGAUACCACAUAAUCAUGGUGAAGGAACCUGUUUGUAACGUUGAUGAAAUUUCAAAAUUGAUCCAUUAUUAUGCAGCAACAGCCACUUUGGAGACUAAUGUUGGAACUGAGUUAUCAUUUAUUCUACCCAAAGAAUAUGCUGACAGGUUUGCAGCUCUCUUCACUGCUCUGGAAGAGAGUCAAACACUCGGCAUUUCUAGCUUUGGAGUCUCUAUCAUGACCAUGGAGUAAGUCUUCCUUCGGGUCAGUCACCUGGAAGAUUCAAAACCAGAUAGCCAGGCUGUGCAGUCUCCCUCUAUGGAAAUCAAAGUAAACAGAUAUAGGAAUUUCCCAAGUAACAUGAGAACAGGUUUUCCUACCCAGAGUGAAAACCCGCUGAUUGUGUUUAAUACUGGGAUAAGAAGCUUUUGUUCCCUGUACUGUCAGCAGCUCUGGGCCAUGUUCAUAAAGAGGCUGAUGUACAAUUGGCGUAACUGGAAGCUGCUUCUGGUGCAGAUACUGGGACUUGUCAUUUCUACGUUCCUUCUCUUCAAGUCCAGUGACCUUAAAGAUGAAGGAGAGAAAACCAGGCAAAUGAACUUGGGGGAAUAUGGUCAAACCAUUGUGCCUUUUUCUAUUUCUGGGAAUUCUAGUUUGACAACAAGUCCCUUAACACACCUUGAGAGUAUGCUAAAAGUUGGCAACCUCAAACUUAAGGAGGUGCAAGGUAAGACUUUGAGUUACUUGAUGAAAAAUGAAGAAUGUAUUUAUUUAUGUAUUGUUGCCCUUUCCAUUGAGGUGACUGCAAAUAUAACAGUGCUUACUCUUCUGCUAAACAAUGAUGCAUACCACCUACCAUGUCUAUCCCUGGCGGUUUUGGACAGUGCUCUUUUCAUGACACUUUCUGGUACCAAGGCCUCCUUAACAGUCUCCAAUAAACCUCAGGCACAUCUCAAAACUAAAGAAAGUCAAGGGUAUGAUAAUAGAUGGAAAGCCUUAAAAAUACAGUUGGGCAUGGCUCUUUUGGUCAGUGGCUUCUGCCUCCUGACAGUGACUGAGAGAAGCAGCAAAGUGAAACACAUGCAGUUUUUGACCGCGUCUCUUCUUGUUUACUGGCUCUCUGCUUUAGUAUAUGACUUUCUCAUCUUCACUUCUUGCUGCUUACUGCUGCUGAUGUUCGAAUACCGCGAGAUUGAUAUUUAUGUCACAGAUUACCACAUCCCGGAAACAUUGCUGAUCUUCACACUGUACGGCUGCUCUGCUAUUCCCCUCACAUACCUGAUGAGCUUCCUGUUUUCUAGAAGCACCUCUGCAUACAUCAAACUUAUCAUGUUCAAUUACAUGUCUGGCAUUUCCAGUAUUGUGAUCGACACUGCAAUAAACAGCGAAAUACCAACUAGUGUGUCUAACACCACGAAAACCUUCCUGCACAGUGCAUUACUGCUUCUUCCCACGUACAACCUGGGAAAGUGCAUCAGUGACUCCACUGUUAUCUACCAGAGGAAAAUACUGUGCACCCAGCAAAAGAAACUUCCCAGCUACCUAAACUGUAGUAAAGAAAAUACCAAGAAGAAUGUUUAUUCUUUGAAGGAGCAUGUGAUUGGAAAGUACCUGAUGGCCAUGAGCAUUGCAGGCUUCCUUUUCCUCCUCUCCAUUUUCCUUCUGGAGAUUACUUGGUGGAAACCGUGAAUAUUUAUCAAGCAGCACGUUUACUGUGGCAUUUGUAAGAAAUACAAGAAGGCUAUAAUAUCCAAGGAAUUAUCUGGGGAAUCUGAAGAAGAUGUAGAAAACGAAAGAAAGAGAAUUCUGGACCAGCCAGAAAAGUUUCUGAAUUUCCCAGUGCUUAUUAAGGAGCUCACAAAGAUCUGCUUUAAGCAUCCACUGAUUCUGGCUGUGAAAAGUAUCUCCCUUGCAGUACAAGAGCAGGAGUGCUUUGGAUUGCUUAGAUUUAAUGGGGCAGGUAAAACAACUACUUUCCAAAUUUUGACUGGCGAAAGGACUCCUACCUCUGGGGAUGUGUUCAUAGAUGUCAUUAGCAUCACCAAAAAUAUCCUAAAGGUGACGUCGAGAAUUGGCUAUUGUCCUCAAUAUGAUGCCUUGCUGGAAUACAUGACUGGUCGGGAAAUAAUGAUCAUGUAUGUGAGAAUAUGGGGUGUCUCUGAGCAUCAGAUUCAGUCCUAUGUGAACGUGCAUCUGAACUCUCUGGAACUGGAAACUCAUGCUAACAAUCUCAUCAGUACCUAUAGUAGAGGAAACAAACGCAGACUGAGCACUGCUAUUGCCACAAUGGGAAAGCCCUCAGUCGUCUUCCUGGAUGAACCAUCAACUGGCAUGGACCCAGGAGCUGGACGCCUCCUCUGGGACACAGUGAUAAAGACAUGUGAAAGUGGAAAAGCUAUUGUGGGGGGUUCGAGUAACAUGGAAGAAUGUGAAUCCCUCUGUACCAGGCUAGCCAUCACGGUGAAGGGGAAGUUUGUGUGCCUGGGCAGCCCUCAGUACCUCAAGAACAAGUUUAGUAAUAUUUAUAUUCUGAAGGCCAAGGUUAAAACCGAGGAAACAUUAAAGGAUUUUAAAUUUUUCAUCACAAAGACAUUUCCAGGUAGUGACUUGAAGCAAGAGCAUCAAGGGAUCCUUAAUUACUACAUUCCCCGCAAGGACAACAGCUGGGGAAAGGUGUUUGGCAUUUUGGAGAAAGCUAAGGAGCAAUUCAACUUGGAAGACUAUUCCAUCAGUCAGAUCACACUGGAACAAGUUUUCCCCGCCUUUGCUAACCUGGAUAACACAGCAAAUGACUAUGCAAAAAUGGUGCCUUGA